UACUAUCUAACAUCAACAAUAGUGAAGUAUUGUCUUUGAUAAGACCGAUAAGCUGCGUGGUAUGUUUUGCUAACUCAUUUUCAGUCAUAAUUCAUACAGCACCGAAGGAAAGUUGCCGUAAUGAGUGAACAAAUCAAUUCGCCUUCGUUGAUUAACCUCGUAGAGGAACACGAUCGAGAUUAUGGUGUCCAAGAAGUGCGCAUCCAGGUCCCAUACGGUGAAAUCGCCGGGAAGUGGUGGGGUCCUCAAAAUAUUCGGCCAAUUCUGUGUCUACACGGUUGGCAGGAUAACGCUGGAAGCUUUGACACCCUGAUACCAUUGUUGCCGAAGAAUGUGAGCUUCCUGGCUGUCGAUUUUCCCGGACACGGAUAUUCAUCUCGCAUACAAAAUGGAUUAUCCUAUCAGCCAAUGAAUUCCCUCAAUUUGCUCCUGUCCUUAAUGAAUGAGUACGGCUGGAAGAAGGUUUCAUUCUUGAGCCACUCGAUGGGAGCCGUAUUGCAGUACAUCUUCGCGGCUGUCUUCCCGGAUAAAGUCGACCUGAUGAUCUCACUAGAUGCCAUCAAACCGCAGGUUUCUUCCCCGGAAGCCGUAAUCUUUCGACUAACCAACUCGAUUCCGCAGCUGAUGGUGGCGGACCUUCGCAAUCAGCAAAUGUCCGAACCGCCGUCUUACACUUAUGAUGAAAUGGUAGAUAAACUACAUGAAGCCACGCAUAAAUCCAUUAGUCGCGAGACUUGUCCGUAUUUGCUUCAUCGCAACAUUAAGAAGAGUUCAAAAUUUCCUGAAAAAUACUACUUUACUCGAGAUUCCCGGCUGAAGUACUCCAUGGGAAUGAACUUGUCGCAGGAGGUGAACGUCGAUCUGGCCAAACAGCUUAAUAUGCCAUUUCUGUUUGUGAAAGCUUUGAAAUCGCCGUACUUCGAAAAGAAACAGUACUAUGAUCAGGUGGUUGAUUUACUGAAAGCAAACAAUCCGUACUUCGAAAUACAUACCGUCGAGGGAAGUCAUCAUGUGCACCUGUCCAAUCCGGAACGUGUCGCACCCAUUGUGACGGCAUUCUUGAGCAAAUACUGGAGCAAAGAUGAGGAUAUUGUCAGUAAGCUGUGAAGUUUGACUAUAUGGGAAGUUUGCAUU